GUCAACCUUUUGGACCCAUCCUACAUAAUUCCUAAUAGGAAGGCCUUGAGGACAAUGGUGGAGGAGAAGUACAAAGCCAAAAAGGAGAAGGCUUUAGAUGUGGUUAGCAGGGCCUCUGCUGUCAGCCUUACAGCAGACAUGUGGACAUCCAUUAACAUGGACGCUUACUUGGCUGUAACAUGCCAUUUUAUCACCGAGGAGGUGGAGCUGGCCUCUGUGGUCUUGGGGGUUCUGAAGUUUCCCCAAACCCACACUGCAGCUCACUUGGCUGAGGCCAAAAAUCUUCUCAUGGAAGAAUGGGGAAUUAAAGGGAAGGUGACAGGCCUGGUUACAGACUGUGCUCCCAACAUGGUUGCAUGUGCUAAUAUAUUGCGGCUUCGGCACAUAAUGUGUUUUGCACAUAUGCUUAAUUUGGUGGUGAAAAAGUCCCUUGCCCAAACCCCUGAACUAGAGGAUAUCCGAAGUAAGGGGCGUAGGAUUGUCGGUCUUUUUAAAUCCAGCACCACAGCGAAGGAGAAGCUGUCAGAGAUGCAGCGACAGCUGGCCAGGCCAGAGCACAAAUUAAUACAAGAGGUGGAAACAAGAUGGAACAGCACAUUUAAUAUGUUGGAGAGGUUGUUUAAGGAGAGAGAGAGCCACUGGGGGCAGCUCUGGCCACCCUCCAUACAGACCUUCCUCCACUCACCUCAGAGGACUACCAGGCCAUACACCACUGCUUGA